UCAGAGCGCGUGUUCACAGGACACCGCCAAGCUCAGUUUGACUGCUGUGUAGCAGCGACGCAGAUCGCGGCGGCCGUUUACAAUCUGAUGCGAUUAAAACCGGCGCGUAUUUAACGGUGUGUGUAAAUAUCAGCGGCAGUAACGAUGCGCAUGUGAGCGGGCGGUUACGGUGAACUUCAGGCACAGACUAAAGACUCCCCCACACUUUACUCACCUGUACAGAUAUCAUGGCUAAAGAUGGUAGACUGAAAGAAGCCAGUAAUGAGAUAAAGGUGUUUGUUAAUCAAAACAUGAGUCCAGGCAAACCUGCAGGUGUUUUAUCUGUCCUGACACUUCACCCGGCAUCUGUCGCUACAGUCAAACAGAUUCUGCCUAAAUCUCUCACAGCUUCAGGUUCAUCUGUUGUACCUCAUAUGCAGGUCAUCAGUACCCCUCAGAGGCCCGGCGUUCCCUCCGGUGUUUUCUUAACCAGUCCUCGCACACCCACCACACACUUUCAAACACCACAGAUUCAACCACAAGAGUCUUCACCGUGGUCCACUGGGCGCAGUGGCAGGAAGGGUGAUAAGAACGGGAAAGGUUUGAGGCAUUUCUCCAUGAAGGUUUGCGAGAAGGUGCAGAAGAAGGUGGUGACGUCCUAUAACGAAGUGGCAGAUGAGCUGGUGACAGAAUUCAGUUCAGGAGACGUCAACAUCUCUCCGAACGAUGCGCAGGUGUACGAUCAGAAGAACAUCAGACGAAGGGUUUACGACGCGCUCAACGUUCUGAUGGCUAUGAACAUCAUCUCUAAAGACAAGAAAGAGAUCAAAUGGAUCGGAUUCCCCACCAACUCAGCGCAAGAAUGUCGGGAUCUGGAGUUGGAGCGUCAGAGACGUCUGGAGAGAAUCAAACAGAAACGCUCUCAGCUGCAGGAGCUCAUACUUCAGCAAAUAGCCUUUAAGAAUCUCGUGCAGAGAAACCGACAGAUGGAGGAGAAGAAUAAGAGACCUCCGCCUCCAAACACCGUCAUCCAUCUGCCCUUCAUCAUAGUGAACACCAGCAAGAAAACCAUCAUCGACUGCAGCAUCUCCAAUGACAAGUUCGAGUAUCUCUUCAACUUCGACAACAUGUUCGAGAUCCACGACGACGUGGAGAUCCUGAAGCGUAUGGGUCUGGCGUUCGGCCUGGAGUCGGGCCGCUGCGGUCCAGAGCAGCUGAAGAUCGCCAGGUCUCUCGUACCUAAAGCCCUGCAGUCGCACGUGACCGAAAUGGCACAAGGAGCGAUAACCCAGCCGUCUGGAGAGCGUUCAUAUGUGGCCACUGACCGCGGGGCGUCGAGCUCAAAUGGAUCUCACCACAGCAGCUCCAGGGUGGAGACGCCUACGUCUUACAUGGAGGAUGAAGAGGAGGAGGACGAGGAUGACUUUGAUGAGAAUGAUGAUGAAGAUUAGCCUAACACCUGCGUUGCCUUGUGUGUCCUCUGGUUAAAGAUCUCGAGUGUUUCUGGAGGUUUGUGUGUUGUGUAUAAGCAGCAGGCCUCAUGAUCCACGAGCGAGAGAGGUCAUCAGUGAGUUUCAUAUGCACAUACUGUUUAUCUUUUGUAUGAAGACUUAAUAUUUCUGCUGUAUUUGGAUUCCCACAAAUGCUUCCCAUAAUUCCACCUGCUCACUUCAGGGCUGCUUCUUCUGAAGAAUCUCACCUUUUUCCCGCAGAGCGUCCUGAUAUUUUUUGAUUGGUAAAGCAGGAUUUUUAUUCUUGGUUUGCUGAAUUUUGUAUCUUGUUCUGCUGUGGUUUGCUCUCACCGGCAGAUAUUUUUGAUAUUGGAGUUUUUUUGACACUUGGGCUAUGAGAUGAAGCUCCACCCAGAUUCAGACUUUAUUUACAAACACUGAACCCCAGCAAGAUGGACACAAACACAUUAACAGCCUUUUUUGCAACUUGUAACAAAUACUACAGAAAAUCUACUUUUCUUAUCUAUGUAAAGAAAUUAAACUAAAAGUGUUUUAUA